AUGUCGUCUGACUUGCAAUGGAUGAUCGUGAGGAACUCCAGCUCGUUCCUGAUGAAAAGGAGACAUGCUCCGACAUUUUCAAAGGAACGCAACAAUUUAAAAGGCCUCAACUCUUACAGAUUCAAUGGUCUCAUUAGGAAGAAGACCAUCGGAGUCGAACCACUGCCCGAUGGUAAAGGUGUGGCCAUUAUCACCAAGAAUGCUUCAGCCCACAGAAAACUUCCACGACAGUACACAAAGGUUGAGUUGAAGAGGGGGGCCAGGAGAACUCUCAAAUCCAUCAAGAGCAUCGUGAGGAAUGGCAAGUACAGAAAGGACUUGAAAUCUGCUGCCCUCAGAAGAGCAAGUGCUAUCUUGAAGAGUCAGAAACCAGUGGUCCCCAAGAAGAUAAGAGGGGAGAAGAAGAAAGAAUAA